AAAUUUCAUAAAAUCAGUUAAUGUUGAACAGGAUUCAUCAUAAAUUAAUUGUACAAUUAAAUGACAUUAAACAGAUUUGAGUCUUUGGUGAUUAUAUUAAAAAAUAUGACUUCCAAAUAUUAUUAUGCAGUAGCCAAAGGUCGUAAACCUGGAAUUUAUCGUACUUGGCCUGAAUGUCAUGAACAAGUGUCUUGUUUUUCUGGACCUGUAUUUAAAAAAUUUAAAACAGAAACAGAAGCAAACAGCUUCAUUGAAGAACAUAAGAAAACAAAUAAAGAAAAUGAAGUGAAAGAUGCAUUACCUAUAAUUGGUAAAAGACAACGAAUACAAAGUAAGAAAGGUACAGACUCUGAUACCGAACAAUCAAGUUCAAAAAAGCUAAAAACAAUAAGUUCAACAAAAUAUGAAAAUAUAUGUAUAAAUAAAGAUUUAACUAAAAAUUUUAUUGUGGAUAGCGAUGGUUUUGUCAAUGUAUAUACAGAUGGUGCAUGUACUGGAAAUGGGAAAAAAAACGCAAAGGCUGGUAUAGGUGUUUGGUUUGGUGACAAUCAUCCUCUAAAUGUAUCAGAGGCUGUUGUUGGUCGAGCAACUAACAACAAUGCAGAAAUUCAGGCUGUAACUGCAGCUGCUAGACAAGCAAGAAAGGCAGACAUUAAAAAUUUAAAGAUUAAUACAGAUUCCCAAUUUCUUAUCAACUGCAUAAAGCGUUGGAUACAUAACUGGAAAAAAAAUGGAUGGGUUACUUUGAAUAACAAACCUGUUAUAAAUAAGAAUGAACUAGUAGAAAUGGAAAAUGCUUUAAAACCUCUAAACGUGGUUUGGAAUCAUGUCAAUGGUCAUGUUGGAAUUUAUGGUAAUGAAAUGGCUGAUAAAUUAGCUCGGGCAGGAAGUUCAAAAUAUAUCUAAUAUUCAUAUGUAAUAUUCACAAAUAUUCAUUAAAUGUAUAUUUAUUUAUUAAUCAAUAACUUAAAUAUUUACAGUAUGUUGACAAUUAAAUUACACUCUAUUCGUAUAUCAAAGACUUUGUAUGCAUUUUAAGGUACCUUAGGUUAUAUAGAAAAUAUUUGAUUUUAAUAAAAAAUAAUGCAAAAUUGUUUGUUAGAUUAAUGUAAAAAUUAAGAUAUUUGUAACAUAUUUUAUAAAUAAUAAUCGAUUAUAUAAAAAUAUGUAUUGAUUGUAUUAAAUUGUGUUAAAUUAUAUUAUGUGUAUUA